AUGUCUUUCCAGCCGACGCAGAUUUUCGAAGAAGGCACCACAGAGGAGAAGGGUGAGAAUGCGCGUCUCGCCGCCUUUGUUGGUGCCAUUGCUGUUGGUGAUUUAGUGAAGAGCACCUUGGGCCCCAAAGGCAUGGACAAGAUCUUGCAGUCGGCCUCCACCGGCGACAUCAUGGUUACCAACGACGGUGCUACCAUCCUCAAAUCUAUUGCUCUCGAUAAUGCCGCCGCUAAGGUGCUGGUCAAUAUCUCCAAAGUCCAGGAUGACGAAGUCGGUGAUGGCACCACCUCGGUGGCUGUCUUGGCCGCUGAGCUACUCCGAGAGGCUGAGAAGCUGGUCGGCCAAAAGAUUCACCCCCAGACCAUCAUUGAAGGCUACCGGAUAGCCAGUCAAGCUGCUCUUAAAGCUCUCGAGGAGUCCGCCGUUGACCACAGCAAGAGCCCCGAGGCUUUCCGCAAGGACCUCGUUUCUAUCGCACGAACGACGCUGAGCUCCAAGGUUUUGGCUCAAGACAGAGACCACUUCGCCACCCUUGCCUGCGAUGCGGUUCUCCGGCUAAAGAAGUCAUCCGAUCUUAGCCACAUCCAAAUCAUUAAGAAGGCCGGUGGCAAGCUGAGUGAAUCGUACCUUGAUGAGGGUUUCAUUCUAGACAAGAAGAUUGGUGUCAACCAGCCCAAGAGGUUAGAAAAGGCCAAGAUUUUGGUUGCCAACACGUCCAUGGAUACCGACAAGGUCAAAAUCUUUGGUGCUAGAAUGAAGGUCGGGGCCACUAGCAAACUUGCCGAGCUCGAGAAGGCCGAAAAGGAUAAGAUGAAGGCCAAGGUCGACAAGAUCAAGUCCCACGGCAUCAACUGUUUCAUUAACCGCCAGCUCAUUUACAACUGGCCCGAGCAGCUCUUUACUGAUGCUGGUAUAAUGUCUAUUGAGCACGCCGACUUUGAUGGUAUUGAGCGUUUAGCCCUUGUCACUGGUGGUGAGAUUGCUUCGACCUUUGACCACCCCGAGCAGGUCAAGUUGGGCACGUGCGACUUAAUCGAGGAGGUCAUUAUUGGAGAGGACACUCUAAUCAAGUUCUCUGGCGUGUCAGCCGGAGAGGCUUGCACUAUCGUUCUGCGUGGUGCCACUGAACAGCUAUUGGACGAGGCUGAGCGAAGUCUGCACGAUGCUUUGGCCGUCUUGUCCCAGACUGUCAUUGAGCCUAGAACGACGCUGGGUGGCGGGUGUGCUGAGAUGGUCAUGGCCAAGGCUGUUGACGGUGCCGCCACUCGUGUUGAUGGCAAGAAGCAGUUGGCAGUGUCUAGCUUCGCCGUUGCCCUGAGGCAACUGCCAACGAUACUUGCCGAUAACGCCGGUCUCGACUCUGGUGAUCUUGUUUCAAGACUCCGAAAGACCAUUUACGAUGGGCUGACUACGUAUGGUCUGGAUCUUAUGAAGCCCGGCGGUGGCAUUGAAGACAUGCGGGAUCUUGGCGUUAUUGAGAGUUACAAGUUGAAGCGCGCGGUUGUAUCAUCAGCCAGUGAAGCAGCCGAGCUUCUCCUGCGAGUAGACGACAUCAUUCGAGCCGCGCCUCGACGGCGUGAGCGUAUGUAA